AAGUAUGACGCAAGUACAGCCACCUCUGAAUUGAACACUCCUGCGUCGAGAAGACUGCAAGUGCUAUCCUCCGUUAAUUGGCGCCUGUCGAUCGCCAAGUUAUCGUGCAUGCCUGCGGAUGCACCGCCCGUUCGUGUCGUUGUUCGUCUGCCAUAUAACAAGCCCGAGGAUCCACCCAGCGACCCCCCGCGAAUAGAAUGGACCCCGGAGAAAGCGGACAUUCUCUGGAAGGUGAUUGAACGGUCACGGACCACUGAUAAUGGAGGAACAGAUUGGAAAGGAUUAGCCUCUCAUCUCCAAGUGCCAUUGCCGUACCUCUUGUAUCGUGUACAUGCAAGAUUCCAAGAGGAGCUCAGAGGACUGCACAACAUACCUGGUGUCUUGAGUCCUUCCGCUAUCCAUGUCCCAGCCAAAGUAGUAGAAGAUUUUCCCUUCACGGAGCCGCCCUCCAUGGCUGCACGCGCGGCUAGCAGGUUGGCCAGCAGUUCUCGACUCUCUGGCUCUCCUGGACGUAAUUCGACACCGUUAGGGAUCCGUGCACGACUCAGCUCACUAGGCCAUAAUUCUCCUCGUCCGAAAAAAGCAUCUUCAUCGUCUACGCUCACAUUGCAGAGCACCGUGAAGCCUCAAGUCCCUGCUCGUCCUCCAUCGCUCUCGUCGUCAGAAAGCACAGACUCGGAGGACGAAUAUGUGCUCAAGGAAGAGGAAGCUGACCGGCAGGUGGAGGAGCAGGAAGCUCUCGAUAGAAAGCUCAAGGACCUGCAGAGAAUGAUGACCAACGACGCGUUGGGACUCGUCGGCACCGGAAAGAAGAACAGCCAUUCUAUCGACCGUGGCCGUGUGGGAAUGGUGUCGCCCAUGUCCGUCAGCAGCUUGCGACGUGACACGUAUUCGAAUCGGAGCGCUAGUCAGAGUCUGUCGAGUGCGAGUUCGCCACAGGGAUCAAUACCAGAUAUCCCUUCUCCGCCUUCCGAUUUCCAGCCGCAUUCUCCAAUCAGCCGACAUAUGUCGCCGAGCAAAUCAUCCAGUCCGCCUGCUCUGUCACCUCGCAGUGCGAUUGGGCAGCGUUACGGGCAUCUCGUUCGUCGUACCGCGAGCGAUGGGAGCAACGGUGGUUCGGAAGCUUCCAGUUUCAGUGAUAUCAGUGACGCAAGUUUGUCUACUUCUGCUUUAGAGAGCGCCUUACUUUCCAAUAUCCGCGGCACUGGGUCUCGGUUUUCUAACUUUGCUAUGAGUCGCUUUGGAGGUAGAAGCAAUGGUGUCCCGCACUAG